ACUUACCCAUCACAGAUAGAUUGAAGCGUUUAUACCACUCAGAAAGGACAGCCGCGUCGAUGAGAUGGCAUGCCCAACAUUCGGUGAAAGAUGGCGAGAUUACACAUCCCUCAGAUGCGAAGGCAUGGAAACACUUUCAAACCGUAUAUUCCGACUUUGCGAGUGAGUUUAGGAACGUUUAUCUUGGCUUAUGCACGGAUGGAUUUAGUCCAUUUGGUAUGUCUGGAAGACAAUACUCUUUAUGGCCUGUCAUCUUGACGCCAUACAACCUCCCUCCGGAGAUGUGCAUGCAAAGAGAAUUUUUUUUCUUGAGUAUUCUAGUGCCUGGUCCAAAACAUCCAAAGCGAGCACUUGAUGUUUUUUUGUAACCUUUGAUCCAUGAGCUGAAGAUGUUGUGGCAUCAUGGCGUGCAGACAUGGGAUUACUCGCAGCAACAGAACUUUAAUAUGCGUGCAGUGCUUAUGUGGACCAUUAGUGACUUCCCCGCAUAUGGAAUGUUAUCGGGUUGGACCACACAUGGAAGAUUAUCAUGUCCAUAUUGUAUGGAUAGGACAGAUGCUUUUCAGCUGAAAAAUGGGAGGAAGUCAUGUUGGUUUGAUUGUCACCGUAGGUUUCUUCCGCCGCAUCAUACAUAUCUUAAGAACAAGAAAUUGUUUAGGAAAAACAAGGUAGUGCAUGUUCCUCCCCCAGUAAUGCAACCAGGAGCAUCUUUGUUAGAGCAGAUUGAUUAUUACGGUGCUAAGGAGACAUGUAAAGUUGGAGGAAAUUGGCACACUCCACCUAACAUGCCAGACGGGUAUACGGCAUCUCAUAAUUGACAUAAGAAGAGCAUAUUUUGGGAACUUCCAUAUUGGAAGGAUCAUCUCUUAAGGCACAACCUUGAUGUGAUGCACAUAGAGAAGAAUGUUUUUGAGAAUAUCAUGAACACUCUUUUGGAUGUGAAGGGAAAGAGUAAAGAUAAUUUGAAAUCGAGGUUGGAUUUGCCAGAGUUAUGUGCAAGACCAGAGCUGCAUGUGACAAGAGAAGGAAAAUUACCAGUUUCGAAUUUUAGAUUGUCUGGGGUGGCGAAGCAAAAGUUGUUUGACUGGGUAAAUUCUGAUGUAAAGUUUCCAGAUGGAUAUGUGUCAAAAUUCUCAAGAUGCAUCGAGCAAGGAAAAAAUUUUUCUGGUAUGAAGAGUCACGACUGUCACGUUUUCAUGCAGUGGCUCCUACCGUUUGCAAUGACGGAGCUAUUACCAAAACAUGUUCAUGAAGCAAUAGUCGGUAAUAAAAGUGAAUUUUAAAAUUAUAUAUAAAUUUAUUGUCUUUGGUAAUUGAAAUAAUAUUUUUGUUUGAUGAUGAAUUUGUAGGAGUUGGAGCAUUUUUUAGGAAUUUAUGCACACGGACAUUGACUGAGGAUGGGAUCGAGUUGUCAGCCAAGAAUAUUCCAGUUUUGCUUUGCAAUCUGGAAAAAGUCUUCACCCCAUCUUUUUUUGACGUAAUGGAACAUAUCAUGAUUCAUCUACCUCCUGAAGCAGCUCUUGGGGGCCCUGUGCAAUUCCGAUGGAUGUAUGUAUUUGAGAGAUUCAUGGGAUAUCUAAAAAAGUUUGCCAAAAAUCUGACCAAAGUCGAGGGUUCGAUAGUUGCAGGAAGUUUGACGGUGGAAACUUCACACUUUACAUCCUACUACUUUAGCCCAACCGUUAGAACGAAGAAGACCGCUCCUAGACGAAACGACGACGGAGGAGUUGCGCCUUCAUAUCUUGUUACAGACGUUCCUGACAUAUUUUGUCAGAUUGGAAGACUUGCUGGCAAAGUGAGAGAAGUUUGGUGGGAAGAUCAUGCACAUGCUCAUGCGGCUCACAUUUAUAUUAUGCGAAACAUUGACUACUUGCAGGAAUUUGAAAGGUAUAGUACUCAUACAAAUUGAACAUAUAUAAAUUGUAUUGAUUACUUUGGUUUUAUAUUUACAUAUAUGCCUAACAAAUAACAAUUCUUAUAUGCAGCAUAUUCAACUUACAAAUUCGAGAACACUAUCCUAAUUUAGAAGAAAAGGAUUAUGAGCAGUUGAACGAAUGAGAUUAUCCUGGGUGGUUAGAAUACUAUGUACGUACAAUCUUUAGACUUUUAAAAUUAAAAUGACUUAUUUUAAUAUUUAUAUAUUUUGAGCAGGUGAAAAAUGGAUGUCAUGACAAACCAAUUCCGCGAUGGUUGUAUGAAUUUGUUGACAAACCGGUUGCUAAGAUCACUACUGCUCCAAUGUACUUCACUCGUUGAUACACUUUUCAUACGUACACACACGGUUCGAAGAGAUCAACCGCGAAUUUUGGAAUCCAACUCCAAGGUGAAACUGACUUCUAGGGUGUAUUGCAACAGAUCAUAGAAGUCACUUACCCGGGAAGCAUCAACUUAAAAUGCGUAUUAUUUAAGUGUGAUUGGUAUGAUCCAACGAGUGGCCGAGGGGUCCGAAAAAAUAACCUUGGGGUCAUUGAUGUCAAUGCAAAUAGACGUUAUGCAAAAUUCGAACCAUAUUGCCUUGCAUCACAAGCAGUUCAAGUAUGUUUUCUUCCAUAUCCAAGGAUUAGAGAAAGGCGUGAAAGGUGGUUAUCAGUGAUUAAAGUAAAUCCGCGAGGGCGUAUAAUCGUCGGAGAAAUUGCCGAUGUCGCUAUGCAGGCCGAAAGAGUUGCUGAAAUGUCUGUCCCAACCGAAUCGACUGAGAAUAUUUUACACAUCGAUCCAGAUAACCAAGAAGCAGAAGUCAUUGUUGAUGAUUCCACCGAAGGGUCUGUUUCAGAAGAAGACGAGUUUGAUGCUGAAACUGACGAAGAUGACAUCACAAAUGAUGAGGCUGAAAAUAGAGACAAUGAAAAUGUAUCUGAAAAUGAAUCUGAUUAGACAAAAUUUCACAUUUAUGCUGUAUUGUCUUGUAUUUGAAUUUUUUUUUUUUUUAAAAUAUAACAAGAUGCGAUGGAAUUGCGACGAAAUUGCGACGGAAUUGCAAGAUUCCCUCGCAACUCCCUCUCAAAUUUGCAACGGAUUUGCAUGGUCAUCCUCGCAAUUCCGUCGCAACUCUUUGAACCACUAGCCAAAACCCUAAAUGAAUCCCUAAAACACAGCCGUUGCAAUUCGCUCGCAAAUUUGCAAGGGAUUUGCAAGGGAUUGGCGUCGAAUAUUAGGUUAAUAUAUAAGGACAGUUAACCCUUCUGCUCCAUUACUCUCUGCCGUCAAAGAAAAAAAAGAAUCUAAAUCCCUCCUCUCUGCGUCUCCUCCCCGGGCUCUCUCUCCCCGCAGCCUGACGUCUCCUGUCAAGUCUCGCCGGACUCUCCCGCCUCUCCUCUCCGCCGUAUCUCUCUCUCUGUGCCUCUCCUUUCGCAGCCCACGCCUCAGUCUCGCCGGACUCUCCCGCCUCUCCUCUCCGCCGUAUCUCUCUCUCUGUGCCUCUCCUUUCGCAGCCCACGCCUCAGUCUUGCCGGAGUCUCCCCCUCUCCUCACCGCCAUAUCUCUCUCUCUGUGCCUCUCCUUUCGCAGCCCACGCCUCAGUCUUGCCGGAGUCUCCCCCUCUCCUCACCGCCGUAUCUCUCUCUCUGUGCCUCUCCUCUCCGAUGUCUCAGUCUCGCCGGAUCUCAUUCUCUCCACUCUCUCCUCGCCGAUCCACUUCGAUCUAGGUCUCCUUGCCAGAUCUCCUUCUCUCAACCCGUCUCUCGCCGGAUCUCUCUCCUCACGGUCGUCCUCAUCCGCCGUCAUACUCGCCGGACUUCCACCAUCAUUAUCUCGAAACGGCUCUGUCCCUUUUGAAAGAUGUCAGGAAAUGAUUAUAGCCGCUAUCUAUCUACUGGUGGUAAGAAGACUUCUGGUAGUAAGAAGACUUCUGGUAGUACGAAGAGUUCAUCCCGUCAUACCAAUCCGGGUAGUUCUUCUAGUUCCCAGAUGGCCGAGAGUUUGGCUGUUCCUAAUAGCCAGACGCAAGCUUCCCCUCCAGCUCCCGCCCCAGCUCCUGCAGCUCCCGCCCCAGACCCGGCGGCAGAUUUAGCGUCAAUCAAUAUGAUUUUGGCUAGUCCUGGACAUGAUCGUCUUCCUCACCUCCAUCCAGAUCACCCUCCAAAUACGCUUUGGUUUGAUGACGAUGUAAGCGUUGCUGCCUCGGUCCGUCAAAUCUUUGAAAGAGAUUUCAAAGAACCGCAUGCUAAUUGGAAGCAAACCCCCGGGGAUGUUGUGAGACGUUGGUUUGAAUCCUUUGCGCAAAUGUAUCAUUGGGAUUCCGGUAUAACAUCCCUCGUUCGCAACUCUUUCGAGGCUAAAUUGAAACUCCAGUUGACUCGCCAAGUUAGUCGGUGGAAGAGUAACUGGCGGAAAAAAGGCGAUGCAGCUAUGCCUUUGUGGUUUGACCCAAAUGUUUGGGCCGGUCUUGUUGCUUAUUGGUUAGAUCCAGAAUCUGAAGUCCGGAGUUGUAACAGUCGGGCAGCUCGUUACUCUGACCCUGAUGGACAUGGACCGUCUAAGCAUCGUUCAGGUCAGACUUCCUUCAGGGCCCGUGCACGAGUGAUUGCUGAGCAAACUGGAUGUUCUAUUCCAGACUUGCUUGGGGUUCUCGAGAUCACUAAACGAAACCCGGAUGAUUCUUUUGUUGAUGGCAAAUCUGAGCAGCUCUACAACAAUGUGACAUCUAAAUUUCAGGAAUUAUCUCAGGCUGCUAGUGAUGAUCCCGAGAGCACUGGUUCUAGUGGCCUCUCUCCAAUGGAAAAGAACAAGAUCUAUUGUGAGUUCGCUCCCCGCAAAAAGGGACGACUGUAUGGAGUGGGUUCUCUAAAUACAUCUUUACGAUCUGUUCCUGCUUCGUUUCCUUCUAGCAGUACUAGAGACCAAUCUUUGGAGAAGAUCAUCUAUGACCAAGCUCAAAAGAUUGAGAGCCAGGAAAAUGAAAUUUCGAAGCUGUACAAGAUCGUUCGUCAUCUCGCUAGCAAAGACUCUACCGUGGCCGACAUUCUCCUGUCUGAAGACGUGUCUUCUGCUUCUGGUGAUGAUGAUGAAUCUGAUGCUAUUUAGUUUGUUUUCUAUCACUUUCUAAUGACUUGAAACUUUUUUGUAUGUGUUUGUGUAAAGACUCUUGAUUUUCUUUCUAUUUUAGUAAUAUUUUCGCUAACUA